AUGCUAUUAGAUGCUAUGGUCGCCCAAGAACAAAGCCGUAGCCCCAAAGUGGUGGAUCUUGCCAGUAUCAAAGAAAUCCCUGGAGAUAUGCCUGAAGGGUUGCCCAUGGAUUCUGAACUGUUCUUGCUAUCGGUAGCUCCGAUGAAGGAGAAAAAGCAGGCCGAGACUAAUGGUCUGGCCGCUGCAAAUGGUAUCCCUCCCCCCAAGACAGACAAGCCGCGCCCGCACAUCUGUACCACUUGCAGCCGGUCAUUUGCACGUUUGGAACACUUGAAGCGCCAUGAGCGCUCUCAUACGAAAGAGAAGCCAUUCGAGUGUCCCGAUUGUCAACGAUGCUUCGCCCGCCGCGAUUUGCUGCUUCGACACCAGCAAAAACUCCACAUGACCACAACCCCAUCCUCCCGCCCUAGAAAUGGUCGUCGAGAGAGUACGGGCGCGGCCGGGAGCGCGGCUCCCAAUCGGGUGCGCAAGAACUCCAUUGCUAACAGCUCUUCGAUGCGUCCUCGGGCCAAUACCAUCAGCCAUAUUGGAGGAUCGGCCUUGGGCCUGCCAGAUGGUAGUAACCCGUCCUCAGCGCCCAACCAGUCAGGUCACGCUUAUCACCCUAGUCUUGGAUCUUCAUCACUGGGCUCUAGUUUGGACUACAGGGGCUUUAGCUCUGGUCAUCCGCCGGUAAACGGUCUGGCCAAGUUAGAAACGUCGGGGCUCCCGAUGGACGUGUCCGGUGGACUCCGCACCGCACCCGUGUACGGGAGCUUCGAUAUGGGUAUUGAUGGUAUGCUGAUGGGUCAUGGCAGCACCAUCAAUCCAGCACAAUUACACUUUGCAGGUUCCCCACAGGGCUUUGGUGACUCCCCCUCCUCCCCGUUUGGCCACACUACCCAUGGCCUGCACCCCGCUACGGACCCCAUGAUGGACGAGGACAUGAACUUUGACUGGAUGAAUGGGUUUGAUGCCGCUGUGGCACUAGGGAAUGGUAAUGACUCAGUCAUUGACGAGUCUUCGCCCUCGGCGAUGAGUACGGGCAGCCAGAGUGGCAUCAGCGAGGCCAUGCUGGACGGCCCGAACCGCAUCCCCAUCUCCAACGGAUGGCACAACCCCUUCCCUGCGCAUACCGUGGCCUCAGCCAACCAAUUUGCGAUCGAUUUCUCACCGACAACGCUAAACGAAUUGGGGAUCCCGCCGGAGACCGUAUCGCCCAAGUCACUGAUGGCCCAGAAUCCGUUUGCUGAGUCCUACGCCACGCCUCCGUCCAUGACCUCGGUCGGCCAGCCCAUCAUGGGGGGACAUUCGCAGAGUAUGUUUUCAUCCUCUAUGGCAACAAACGGAGAAUCUCCUAAUCCUCUCAACGUUCCUUUCCCGAAUAGUGCCCUACGAAGUCAACAUUCCCCAGUCUCAACGGAUACCUUUACAGACUCCACACGACAGGCUCUACUAGCGAGCAUGUCGCAACCCACUGGCUUCAAUCACCGCAAGUAUUCUCAGCCCGCAAGCGGUCUUCUGAAUAGUCGAGAGCUAUUCGCCCGCUCCACUGGCUUCAACACCUCCGGUCAAUUACCCAGCACUUCGGAUAUGCAGCGUUACAUUUCCGCCUACAUAACUUAUUUUCAUCCGCACUUACCAUUUCUUCACAUCCCUACUCUCAACUUCCAGGCCCCUGAAUAUACGAGCAAUCUGCGCACGCCCAGUGGACAUCUCAACCUGAGCUCCACGGGCGUCGCCGGGGGCGGGGGUUGCCUAAUCCUGUCGAUGGCCGCCAUUGGUGCCUUGUACGAGUAUGAUGCUGCUGCUUCCAAGGAUCUUUUCGAGGCCGCAAAGAAGAUGAUUCAACUAUAUCUCGAAGAACGACGAAAAGCCGAUAUGUCGGCCGCACUGAGCCGUUCAAAUUCUCCUAGAGACAACUCUGUCCAUAAUACCCCGCUCUGGCUAGUUCAGGCAAUGCUGUUAAAUGUCAUUUAUGGCCAUACCUGUGGGGACAAGACAUCCGCAGAUAUUGCCAGCACCCACUGCGCCGCGCUGGUCAGUCUCGCUCGGGCUGCGGAACUGACGCACCACCUGGAUCCGAAGAACCUCCCACAAGAUCAUCUCACCAUGGGACUUUCUACGUCUGACCCCGCGGACACAGAGAACUGGAUGUCUUCUUCGUUUGGUCAGCCCAAAGAACGCCGGGAUUGGUUGAACUGGAAAAUUGUUGAAGAGCGGAAGCGGACGCUCUUCGCUAUUUUUGUUCUCUCCAGCUUCCUCGUCUCAGCAUACAACCAUGCCCCCGCUCUCACAAACUCCGAGAUUCGUCUUGACUUGCCCUGUGAAGAAGAUCUAUGGGCUGCUGAAUCGCCCCAGGCAUGGAAGAAGAUGUGCGGUCAAACCUCGUCGAAGAAGAGCGUUGCCUUCUCGACAGCUCUGACCUCGCUUCUUACUGCCAGCCAACGCGAGCAGCAGAACCAGUCUUCGAACCUUUUCUUCAGCGGAAACAGUGAUGAUCUAAAUACCGCCGAAAACCGACCAAGUACUUUUGGGUGCCUGGUGCUCAUCUAUUCGUUGCACAACUAUAUUUGGGAAACCCGCCAAAGGCACAUGGGUCGGCAAUGGACCGCACAAGAGACCGAAGCUAUGCAAUCCCAUAUCGAACCGGCGUUGAGGGCUUGGCAAGCCGCCUGGGCAAGUAAUCCCGUUCACAGUCUGGAGCGGCCGAAUCCAUUCGGCGCUGGGCCUCUCUCUGCAGAUAGCAUUCCUCUGCUUGAUUUGGCGUAUGUUCGGUUAUUUGUCAACCUGGGCCGAUGCAAGGAGGCCUUUUGGCAACGCGAUUGGAACGGCAUGGCGGACGAGCUUGCCCGAGGCACCGAGGUUUUCCAGCAAGGUGACACCACUUUGAACGACUUGGUGGACCCCUCACUCACCGGUGCCUUGGAUGCUCGGAGGGAAUCAAUCAAUGAUCUGGGUGUUGGAGACCUAGCUAUCUCCAAGACCCCGACUCAAGACCAGCCGAUGCAGUCCCUUUCAAGUGUUUACAAAAUCGGACAAUCCAAGCGGGAGAAGCAUCUGCGCAAAGCUGCCUUCUACGCUGCUGACUCGAUCUCCAUGUCCGACCGACUUGGCAACACCUUCGCCGAGUUCUCAUCCCGGGAACUUCCCAUCCAAUGCGCGAUGUGUGCUUUUGACUGUGCCCAGGUCCUUGCCGAGUGGAUUACGACCGUUCAAGAACGCGUUGGUCCCUACCUGGGUAUCCUCGGUCGUGACGACAUCGAUCUGACUCAGGUCCCGGGUGUCAUGCUGCUCGAAGACGAAGACUGCAAGCUUGUGGAGAAAAUCAAGGAGAUUCUCAACAGCAUUGAGACAAAGAUGCAACGCCAGAUGCAGAAUAGCAAUUCCAUGUCGGCGCUGAUGACCAUGCAACGGCUACCAAGUGUGGUAGAGGGAGGAUACGGCUGUAAAAUAUUGAUUGCCACGGCGAGCCUCCUGGACCGGGCUGCCGUUUGGCCAGUGACGAAAUUGAUGGCCCGUUCGCUUGAAGCCCAGGCGAUGCGGAUGAAAGAGCGCGCAGAGCACUCGCACUCGCCCUCUGCUAUGAUGACUUCUUAA